UUCAAGCAGUGUGUAAUAAAUGUACAUUUGGAGUUUAUUCCAGGUGCAGAGGGCAUCACUCAGGCUAGUUAAGAAAGUAGGUCUUGCAACUGAAACAAAUGUGGGUGCUAAUAAACUGUCCUACCUUACUUGCAGUCCUUGUAUACUCUCCCCCAGCCACAGAAGCAGAUUUGCCUUUUUCUCCCACAGAAAAGCAGUGUGACAAAAAAGUGAGAAAUACCGGAUCGCAAAACUCCAGCAGUUUCAAACAUGAGGAACAGCAUCUCCUGCAAACUUCUGGGUCCAGCAGCAGCUCCCUGAAUAAUCCAGCUUAAUCUGCAAGCAGUGUAAUAAGUAACAAUAAAAAGAAAACAACUGAAGGAUUUCAGCAGCAACAUUCAGCUGCAGAAGGAUGUAAGUGUCACAGCAGCGACAGACACAACUCUCUGAGCUCAGGGCAUUCUGAUAACGGAGGAAUGCAGGUGAAUGUGACUUGUAUUGUUAAAGUAUGCAGUCCAGACUGCAGUUCCCAGUUCCCAGAACAGACUAGUUCAACUAGCAUGGAUUAUGGAAAUGCUCCCUAUUAUUCCCCAACAGGGGAAGAAAUUCCCCCUUCAAGAGAAGAACACCUCUUGAAAAAAGGAACUGAAAUUCAGACCUCAGUGGAAAAUGAGGACAAUUUACUUCAAGGCUCACUGUCAGAAGAAGUUCCUCUGGGUAUUGAAGAUGUGGGGAUGAAAACCAGUUAA